AUGAGAUCCUUCGUCGUUGUUGCCUGCUUCUUGGCUGCUUUUGCUGCUGCCACCCCGGUCGACCUUCAACCCCGCCAGAUCAUGUCCUCCAACGUGGACUCUGCUUCAGGUCACGAUGCGUCCUCCUCGAGCUCCACCAACAUCAGCCCAUUCGGAUAUUCCCACCAGGAGGCCAACAGCGAGCACUCCUACAGCCGAUUCAGCUCUGUGACCAACUCCUUGACACCGGUCUUCGACAUCAUGGGCCAGAUGCAGAACUUGAUCUCUCAAGGCAGUUUCUCCCAGUCCUACGCCAUGAGCUACAUGAACCGACUUGUCGCGCAACUCCAGCCUGCCUUCAACGACUUGUCUGGAUGUGGCUGCAUGCAAGACCCCACUGUUAUCUCCAGCUUCAACAGCAUGUUCAGCCAGCUUUACCAGCUUUGCCAGAGCUUCCAAUCGCAAUACGGCCAAGACUUCUACCAGAUGAUCUCCCGUUCGGGCCCUUUACUUGGCUUCUACCGAUUCGCCUCCGAAUCCCGACUAAGCCAAUCGUUCAGCAGAUUCUCCCAAUCGAUAGGGCCCUUGAGCAUCUAG